AUGAUGACCGAUAUCGUUAGCAAUUGGAAGCUGGAGCAGUUUGUGCUCCAGAAGUGUCUCCCUCCAGUUUGGUCCCCGGGGUCGUUCCAGGGCCCGGAGGCAUACCAGCAGCUCUGCCAGCAAUGGGAGAGCUGGUCGGAGGAGUCCAAAAAGCCCAAACCUACAAACAAAUGCAAGAAGCGAGCGGCUUUGCAGGGGUUGUUGAUGGUGGGCAGGGAGUUGUCUAAGUUGUUGAAGGAGGCUCUUGAGAACGUGCAGACUUUGGAGCAGGCUAAGGGCGAGCUCAAAAUACAGGUGGACAACCUGCGUGCGGAGGUGCAGGGUUUGUGUGGGGACUCCCUGCGCAGCGCGGUGGAGAUCACCCGGCUGGAGAGCAAGCUGGGCUAUGAGAAGCUGAAAACGGAGGAGCUGGAGAAAGAGGUUGGCAAAUGGAUCGGGGAGACCCACGAUGCGCAGAGCGCGGUGCGGGCGGUCCUGCAGGACGUCCAGAGGGACCGGGGCACCGGCCCCGACCACAAAGUGUGCCAUGCCAAGAUCCAGGAGCUGCAGGCAGAGCUGGGGGUGUCCAGGGGCAUUGUGGCUGCCAUCCAAGGCAAGAGGAGCCGGUUCGGGAAUAGCCAGGGAGAGGACUCCCUGGACCCGCAACCGCCCCACUAUGACUAUGAGGAUGAUGUGUGGGGUGCCAGUGGCCCCACCAGGCCAUCCCCUUAUGCUCCUCUGCGGGAGGAGAUGUGCCAGAUGCAAGGAGGGGAGGUGGAGGCUUCCAAAACUAAAAAGAACCCCCCCGAUGAGCCAGCCAGCCAUGGGCCUCUCCAGGCCAUAGACACCAACAGGGCUGUGCUCUGGUUUACCCCCGAGCAGCUCAAGACAGUGGGGAAGAUGCUGGGGCCACUGACAAAGGAGACAGCGGUCAACUGGCUGUCCAGAGCCCAGCGGCUGCCCCGGUGCCAGAGCGGCAACUUAGUGAGUGACCUGAUAGACGUGGUGAGGAAGUGCAUGAAGCCGGAUGAUUUUGCGGCGUUACCAGGGGAUGUGCAGAUGGGAAACGUCCAGGACAUCGGGGAUGUCCAGUUGGCCGUGCUCAAGGUGUUCUUCCCCGAGGUUAACCCCUUAGUGCUGUUCCACCAGGAGAAGCAAAACCCCGAGGAGCGGCCCGAUGCCUAUGUUAACCGUAAGAAGAUGCUCUAUCAGAUGGCAGGGCUGCCCGGGUCGAAGGAUUCCCCCAUUGAUUUUGACAGGCCUGAGUUCAAGGAGCCAUUGGUGGUGGGGCUGACCCCUCCGUUGCGGGUGAUUGCUGGUGGGGAUGCAGCUAGAAAGCCGCUGUUGGAGCUGGAGCAGAUCCUGACCCAGAACUUUGAGCUGCAGAAGCAGGCAUUCCCGGGGUACAUGCCGGGGGGGAAGAAAGGGAAAACCUCAGCCAUGCCCUACCAAAAUGCAGGGAUGAGAAAAAUGCAAGGGGACAACCGAAAGGACCCCGAUGGUAAAGGCGGCCCAGGGAAGGAGAAUCAGCAAGGGCUGAGGUUUCAGAAGUCCAACCCUUGGCGGGCCGAGCUGCGGAAGCGCUUGAUAAAGUAUGAGAAGCAGGAGGACAUCGAUGGCUUGCCGGAUGCGGAGCUCUUCCGUAAACUGGCCCUGCACGAGGCCAAAAAGCACAACAGCUCCAACCCCAUCGACCCGGGGUCUAAGGCUCAGCAAUAGGGCUGCCAGGCACCCGCACCGCCCCUCUUUGUGGCACCGAUUAAGACCGAUGCAUGGGGGCGCCUGAUAGUUGAUAUGACUAUUGGAGGAGGGGUGCUUGGACAAGUGAUGAGAAUUGAUACUGGUGCCACUUAUUCCAUUUUGAAUCUGGCCCCCGGCGAAGCCGGGCUCUUCCAAACCUGUGAAAUUAUUGAACUGAUAGGGCCAAAUGGCCAAAAAUCCUCAGUGGCCUUCACGGGGCCCGUACCCUUUGAAAUUGGCACUGCCAAAGGGUCUGAGAAAUUUGGGAAAAUGGAAACGAAAGGGGGAAAGCCGGGUGUUUUAGCCAUCUCCACCCUUACAAAGAUGGGGGUGAUGGUGGACUUGGCAAACCAAGCACUGUUGCAUUG